AUGUGUUCCAUUCCAGGACUCCCAUCAACGGGUUCAAAUGAACCUGUACUUAUUACCAAAGUCAAUUUAAACCCCUCAUGUGUUCUGGUGGAGUUUUGGGGUCAUUUUGACCAAGACCGGAAAUUUGCAUAUCAGCAACUGAAAAAGGAGAUUCAGUACCCUAGAGAGGGUUUCUGUGAAUCGGAUGGAAAUCCUGGUGACUUGUGCCUUGUACGUGUGUAUGAAACAUGGUACAGAGCCCGCAUAGUAUCAAGAGACACUGAGGAGUACAGUGUGUUUUUAAUUGAUGAAGGCAGAACCCUUCGUGCCACAGUUAACACCUUGGCAUGGGGUAAAAGUGACUUUUUCUAUCUGCCCCCUGAGGUUGAAUUCUGUGUUCUAGCCAAUGUCUUACCACUGUCUCCAGAAAACAAAUGGUCAUCAAUGGCCUUUGAAUUCAUGAAGACCUUCUGUGGUAGAAGAGUCAGCGCCUCCGUUCAAGAUGUUCUUGUGCCCCAUCGAACAUUUCUACUUGACAUUCCUUGUCUGUCCAGACAGAUGUAUGAAAUGGGGUUUGCAAAAAAAUUGUCCAAUGAAAGGUUCAAAGAGUUUGUUACAAGGUCCUUGCAGGCUAACAGUGGAACUGCAGAACCUCCAAGAAUUUCCUCCAUCAGGAACAAACCCAUUGAGAUGUUUGAGAAAGUGGAGAAACCUCAGUCCUACAUGUACCCAGAGUUGCAAACAGAUACUGUUGAGACAAUUGUUGUCACAGAAGUCACAAAUCCCUUUCGAAUAUUCUGUCAGCUGAAGGUUUUCUCUCAGGAGCUAAGGAAGUUAACUGAACAGAUAACUCUGCAUUAUGAAGGAAGAAUUGGAACUAAUUUCGCAAGUCCUGCGAAUUUGGGCAGUCCUUGUGCAUCAAGAGGAAGCGAUGGCAAGUGGUAUCGUUCUUUGCUGCAGCAAGUAAUGUCUGCCAACAAUUUGGUUGAGGUUUUGCACGUGGAUUAUGGAAAGAAACAAUUUGUUAAGGUUGAGCAUGUCAGACCACUUGCCUCUGAAUUCUUUAGAAUGCCUGUUGUGACCUAUGUUUGCUCCCUUCAUGGAAUAGUUGACAGAGGUGUUGGUUGGACAGCUUCACAGAUCGAGUACCUGAAAUCUCUCCUGCUCAACAGAACAGUGAUUGCCAAGUUUCAGUAUCAAAGCCUUUCAGAGGGUGUCCACUAUGUCAUGCUUUAUGGAGAGGAGAAUACAAACAUCAACAAGUUGUUCGAACUGAAGCGGAAAUGUUCUCUGGACUCGGAUAUGACUCUUGCAGAUUUUGCUGUUCAGAAGAGCACAUCUCAAAAGAGCAGGAUUUCAGAGAGAAGUGAGGCCAAACACACGGAGGAAACGUACUCUGACCUUAAAGGGAACAAACCUGUCUUUUUUACAGAAACUUUCCCACCUAAAUCUUCACAUGUGGCUGUUGUGCAACAUGUUGACAGCCCUGGAAAGUUUUGGAUUCAAACUCAGCGAUACGCAGAAGAAUUCGAUCAGCUAAUGGAUGGCCUUGGAAAUAUGUACAGUGAUUCAACAAGUAAAGAAGGUUUAAUAAGAAAACCUGUUGUUGGUUUACUCUGUGCGGCUAAAGCACAAGAUGGUGCGUUUUAUCGAGCAGCUGUCUUUAAGGUACUAGACAAGAAAGCAGAAGUUUACUUCCUUGACUAUGGGAACACAGAACUUGUUGAUUGCCUUAACCUCCGACAAUUGCCUCUCAGAUUCCAGCAGCUUCCAGCUGUAGCUGUGAAAUGCUCGCUCUAUGGCAUUAAAUCCAAACUGAAACACUGGGAUGAGAGGGCUACAUUGUUCUUUUCAAAAAUUGUUGAAGACAAAAUACUUGAAGUUCAUGUACAAGACAAGUAUCAGGACUCUCACAUUGUUCAGAUAAUGGACCCCAGUUUAGAUGGAGAAAAUGAUGUCAGCAAGUUGUUGUGCAAUGCAGAUUUUGCAGAAAGUGAAAACAACAUUGUAGAUAAAUCUGCCGAAACAUCUUGCAGUUCUGCACACAGCUCUGGCAUAUUCCUGACAAGUACUCAACCUCAUACACUGUCCAGUUCUUCUGCUGUAACCGAAAGUGCAUCUGCUUUCAAGGAAUGUUUGUUUCCAAUUGGAAGUUCACUGGAGGUCACUGUAUCUUACAUUGAGAGUCCAAAUGACUUCUGGUGCCAAAAAGCCAGAAACGCAGCAUGUUUAGAAGUGCUAAUGCAAGAUAUCCAGCGUUUCUAUGCUCGUAGUGAAUUUCAGCCACCAUUGGAAGCAGCUUGUGUUGCCCGACAUCCUGAAACUGGUAUAUGGUACAGAGCCUUGGUCAUUGAAAAGCACCAAACCCCACAUGUGGAUGUGUUGUUCAUUGACUAUGGGCAAACGAAGACUGUUGCCAUACAAGAUCUUCGGAAGAUAAGUCCAACAUUUUUGAAGAUGAAAGGGCAAGCUUUUCGAUGCAGUCUGUAUAAUCUAAUCCACCCAGUCUCCCUUUCAACUUUAAACUGGACCCCUGAAGCCACGUUGCAGUUUCAAGAGUUUGUUGACACCGCAGCUUCCAUGAAUGUGCCCUUAAAAUGCACCAUUUUUGCUGUAAUGUAUGACUCUCAGAGAGUUGUGUUCAAUGUGGUUGACUUGGAGACACCAUUCCAAAGCAUUUGCAAUGUCCUUGUCCAGAAACGUCUAGCUGACCGUGCGCCCUCUAAAAGAGCUCCUCUUCCACCGUUUAGGCUGGACACCUACUACUACUCCACACAUGGUAUCAAAAUUGGAUGUGAAGAGAAAGUAGAUAUCACCUGUGUUAAAAGUGUCACUCAGUUCUUUUGCCAUCUCACAAGGAAUUCAGACCAGAUUGGAAAACUUGCAGGCAAAGUCAACUCCAUAUGCAGUCAACUAGAGGUUACCAAGUGUCCUCAGGCCUUUGGAACAGUUUGCUUCGCAAAAUACACAGAUGGACAAUGGUACAGAGGGAAAAUAAAGUCUACUAAACCAUCAGUUGUGGUGCAUUUUGUGGAUUACGGUGACACAUUGGAAGUUGAUAAAUCAGAGUUGCUGCCAGUUCCAAUUGAAGCAGGAGACAUAAUGUCUGUCCCAGUUCAGGCAGUUGAAUGUGGGCUCUCGGAUAUACCUGAGGAUGUGCCAUGUGAAGUGGGAAAUUGGUUUCAGAAUUUUGCAGAUGGUUGCUCUUUUAGAGCUUUAGUUGUGGCAAAAGAACCUGGAGGAAAGCUUAUAGUUGAGCUUUAUGAUGGAAAAACUCAAGUGAAUGCAUUGAUGAGACAAAAGUUUCGCAAUGAAAUUCAUAGAACUGACCAGAGCACGUUCCAAGGGCAUAGUUCCAAGAACAGAAAUGCAGAAAGUGUGGAAGUCCAUAUAAGGGCAAGUUCCAGUGAUCCAAGGAGAAAUCCCAUGGAUAAAAUUGCGCAAUCCUGUAAACCAGAACCAACGCAAAGACGUGAUCGUUUUGAGGCAAAAGAGACACCGGGCAGGUGGGGAUUCCAUAAAGAUGGAAAACCAGAGCCUACAAAGGAUCCUGGAAGAUGCCACAAUGCCCCAAAACAACAUGGAUCACAAAGAAAGUCAGAUGAUGGAGAGGAGGGACUUCUCCCUAGUCAAUCUGGGAAAGCUGAUGGUGUUAAAACCAAGAUAACUUCUCUCAAAGAAUCCUUGCUCCCAGUGAAAUUAAUAGAACCAGGUCUGGAAGCUGAAGUAUUCAUCUCACAUUGCAAUGGCCCUUUUAGCUUCUUUGUUCAGUUCGUAACGGAUGAGGAUGACAUUUACUUGCUUGUAGAGAAGUUAAAUAAUGAGUCUGUCAUUGUAAACAUUGCUACCAGUGAUGUUCUUGAGGGAGACUUGGUCCGUGCGGUGUUUCCUAAUGAUAACUCGUGGUAUCGUGCAGCUGUAAGAAAAAACAGUGGUGAUGCAAUUGAUGUAGAAUUUGUUGACUUCGGAAACACGGCUGCAAUUUCUGCCUCAAAAAUAUGUUGUAUUGAUCAAUCUUUUGCUUCACUUCCAAGGUACAGCAUUCAGUGCGCACUACAUGGAUUUAAUGUUGACAACACGGAUGAAGAAUUUGCACACCACUUCAAACAAGUUGUUGAACAAUACACUGGAAAGGUCAUGUGCACAUUUGUUAAAAUGUCAGGGACUGUGUGGGAAGUCAAGCUUGACCUGGCUGGUGUAAUGCAGGGAUCCACCUGCAGGGAUGAAAUUCCACCAUCAGUUGAGGUCAAGACCCCAGGUGUCAAGCAAACUUUGUCUAAUGACAAGGUCUGUACCUAUUACAAGAACCCUGACUUAUCAGUUGGGCAAAUAGUCACUGGGUACGCCUCAUUCAUUAGGGGUCCUCAGCUCUUCUGGUGCCAGUAUGCUGUAACAGACAAACUUCAAGAGAUUUCUGAUGUGUUGCAGAAUGUUGGUAAUUCAUUGGCGAAAACUUUGAAUGAGGAAGCUGUGCCAGUUGGAAGUGCUUGUAUUGGCCUUUUCGUUGAGGACAAUCUGUGGUAUCGGGCUAAAGUAACAUCCAGGGACCUUGACACCCUGUCUAUUACGUUUAUUGACUAUGGAAAUGAAUCAAAAGUCAAUGUAGGUGAAGUAAAAGCACUUCCACCUGAGCUGUUGGAUGUGGUCCCUCAAGCAUUUGAUUGCCAACUUCAAGGUUUUGAUCUUUCCAAGGGUUUCUGGACUGAAAAGGCAGAUGAGGUGUUCUUUGAGCUAAUUAAUGACAAACCUUUAAACAUCACUUUUGAGAAAAUGGGGAACUCUGAAAUGCCACACAUUGUCAAGCUGGAGUGUAAUAGUGUUGACAUCAGUGAUGCCAUGCGAACUUACUGGAAAUCUCUGAGCCCUGAAAGCCCAUCAGUUGAACUCUUGAAUGGAGCAGAAUUGCUUCCUUUCGAUGACACUGUGGCCACUGAAAUUAAUAUUGGCUCAGUGCAGUCCACCGUUGAAGUAGUCACAGACCAUUUUGCCUAUGAAACAUGUGCCUCUAGCCUCAAAGACCCACUUGUGGUGAUGGAUGAAAAUGUUCCCUCACUUGAUGCAUCUAUGAGUAUGGUGCCCUCUAAUACACAAGAGAACCUGGAAACCACAUGGGUCACAGAACAUGAACAAGUUCCUGGUUUCACAAUUUUAUCAAACCCGAAAAUCCUGUGUGACUUCGCUAAAGAGAUGCAUGUCGAUCCAACACCCAUUCCUUCUGUUUUGCCACAUCAAUCUGAUGGAGAUUCCUCUGAAAAUAUAGAUAGCUUCAUGUUGAGUAACAUGGAUUCUGAAUUAUGUAUUGCUGAGGAGCCAGAGUCGACAUCAUACGAGAUCAUUCAAACAGACUUAGGUAACUUAAGGCGUGCUACUGACAAGAAAACUGUUGGGUCAGAAUGCGUUAUCUGGUCUCAUGCAAGAAGAAAUUGGUGCAGAGCACAAAUUUUAAAAGUUUCUGAAGAUGUUGCACUGGUUCUGCUUGUGAAGCAUGACUCUGAGGUAGUGGUUGAUCCUCUCAACAUCUUCGAGAUUGUGCCAGAGGAGCCAUUGCAGACUUCAUGCAUUGGAACUGCAGUUUCAAGUGAUGGAGUAACUAAGGGAAAACUGAGUCCACCAGUGAAGAACAAUGCAUCAAAGGUUGAAGAUGAAUAUGGAACUGCUGUCACCUCUGCUUCAGAAGAACCAACUGAACAUACCUCAGGGGCAGGUGCACAAAGGCAUGAUCUAGUUCAAAUUCUGACUACUGCUACACAUUCUGAACAGUUACAAUGCAGGGAGUCUCAAGAGGACUUGAAUACUUCAGCUGGAGAGCAAAGAGGGCUUGCCAAGAUGAAUACCAGAGAGGAAUUACUGAUGGAUUUCCUUGACGUGGCUCCCCAGGAUGAGAUACAGGAUAAUGUGUGCGAGACUGAGCCCGGCCUUGAUCUUUUGCUAGAAGAGUUCAAUAAUGUUACUGAAGAUCUUAUCAUUCUGACCAGUGAUGAUGGAGCAGACACCGCAUCUGAUGGCAUGCUUCAGGAAGAAGAGAUGGUGAUAGCAAUCCAACCUGAUGCUGGAGAAUCCUCAAGCUUGCAGGAAACAUUAAAUGCAUCCAAUUGUACCAGCUUAGAGGAACAGGAUUCAAGAGUCACUCAUUUGACCCUAAAAGUUGAGGACUCAUCUGAUGAUGUAAUUUUUGUUGGUGUUUUACAAGAAUCCCAGGAAGUAUGUGAGCCAGGUAGUGAAAAGGAAAAGAAGCAUGACUAAUGUAAACAUGGUCAGACUCUAGAGAAAUGGUUGCCAAGAGGCAAGUUAUUAUUUUUUUUUUAAAAUGCCUUCAAUUUUCCAGCAGCUUGGUAUAUUAUUUUUUCCAGAGGUGUGUCUCUUUAAUUGACUUAAGGCCUGUGCUUGUAUACUCAAUACCACAAACAUUAUAUAAUGGCAUUGAGCACUUUGGUUUGUACAAAAAGGACUGCUGUUUUUUCACUAUUGUUUUUGUUUGCAUUUUUUCUUUCCAUUAACAUCCACUGAUUUCUUAUUGCAGUUCUGAAGGUUGUUUUGUUCCUUCUCAUUACACAGCCUAACUUCAUUGCAGUUAUAAAAAUGGUUUCUAUAUUGUAGCAAAACUUAAUUAUCCAGGGAUUAUUUGUUUUUGUUCAGAAACUCUUAAAUGUUUACAUGGUGGUGAUUGUUGCACUACAUUUCAUGUAAUUGGU